AUGGAGGAACUUCUACAUAACCUGCAAGCCAUCUUUGAUGACUUCGAAGUGGCUGUGAUCCGAACUUUUAGCACCCUCCUACCGACAACUCAGAUGGGAAAGCCGCAGACUAAAGCUGUCAUAUCACCACUUCAAGAAGUGCUUUUGGAUGGUACACAAUGGACUAACCUACCCUCGUGGGAUAUGGCCGAUCCCGGGGAGGGGGUGUCAGAUGACCUGAUUUGCCAGUCUGGAGAAUCAGCUGAUGUAGGAGUUGAGCCACAAGACAAUAUGGUGUAUCCUCAUACUAUGUCACGGUCAGAGUAUCAUCAGGACACCGUUAUACACAUUAGUCUACUAAAGACCAGUGUGCUAAAUGAGAUAAAGGCCUCAGAAAGAUGCUGUUUUCUACUCAGACUCCUUGGUUUCUAUCUGAAUAAUGUUUUUCCCAACAUAGAAUUUGACUCAGGCCACGUAAACAGGAGCUGCAAUCAAUUGGCCAAUUCAUUACUUGGCUUUAAGAUAGAAUUAAAGCAAUGUCAUGCCACAAUGAGGUGCCCAUGCGGGGAACAGUCUCACAGCGUCAUAGAAGAUUUCAAGGAAGAGUUUUACAAGUUAGACACAGAGGCUGCCACUGUGAAAGCCGUUGGGGACCUUAAUAUUUUGUUCCAUUGGAUGAAAAAGAAUUUUUUACCCUAA